AUGUCACACCGCGUCCCCGAGAUCCCCUGCUGGCGCGACCGCAUCACCAGCCGUCUCCACCCGCUAGGCGACUACGGCCUGCUCGACAUCGUCCAACAGGUCCCCUGGGGCACCGACCCAACCAACACAGUUGCCAUCCAGACCUUCGUGGCCUUCAUCCGGGGCCGGCCGUUCUUCUGGUUCAUCAACGGCCCCAGCCCCGACCCCGGCUGGUAUAUCACCAAACUGCUGCUCUUCUGGCGCAGCGCGCUGGCGGACCCCAACUACCGCAUCCCGACGGCGAUGAUGCUGGCGGGCGGCGGCUGUCUCGGCGGCAACCAGGUCAUGUUCUGGACGUUCGAGGCGCGAGACUCGGCGGGUGAAGGCGGGCAACGUGUCGCGACCCGGUGGCAGCGUCAACGCCGCACCCAGUUCGAUUGGUGGGCCGAUGAGUUCAUCACCACCCGGUUCUUCUUUGAUGUCGCCGACAAUGUGAAUGCCGUCGUCUGGCUGCCUCCACCUGCUGCUGGUCUGCAGGAUACGGAGGGGGAGGGGGAGGGAGAGGGGGGGAGUGCGGUGGAGUCUGAGGGAGGUGGUGAUACUGCUACUGCUACUACCGGUUCGCGGGAAGGGACGCCGCGGCCGUUUGAUACUAUGGCGGAGGAUGCGGGUGAGUAUUCAUCCAACGAUCCGGAGGACAGUGGAUCUGCUAACGCUCGUGGAAGCGCAUUCCAGGCGGCGCGCGAACACGAUUUGAAUGAGAACGACGAUGAUGCGGUGGGAUUCGCUGCUGCGUCGGAGACUUGGCAUAGUUGCGCGUCCACGGAAUACUUCUCUGCGGAGUCGAACGGAGGAUAG